GUCUCUCUCUCUGUAUAGGUGGAUAUGAGCUGCUCAUGCAAAUAUUUACUCAUGACAAGUUAACCGCAAACUCUUCAUUAAGUCUCGGAGCAAAAGGCUUAAAUCCACCGUCAGUGCUACGAUGGAGCUCCAGGGGAAAGUUGCGCUGGUGACUGGCGCUGCCCAAGGCAUCGGGAAAGCAAUUGCUGAAAUCCUCCUGAAGAACGGCGCUAAGGUGAGUCUGUUGGAUAUCAAUGUACCUACAGGGGAGGCUACCAAAGCUGCCUUUGAACAGGUCUAUGGAGCGGAGAAUAUUUUGUUCCUUCCAUGUGAUGUAACGUCUGAGAAUCAGCUGAAAGAUUGUUUUGGCAAAACUCUUGAAAAGUUUCAGAGAUUGGACAUAGUAUGUAACAAUGCAGGGAUCUCUGAUCGGGAAAACUGGGAGAAGUGUCUCAGUGUAAAUCUGGUCAGUGUAAUUAAAGGAACCUUUCUGGGAAUACAGCACAUGAGUAAAGAGACUGGAGGAAAAGGAGGAGUGAUUGUUAAUAUUGCUUCCAUGGCAGGUCUGAUUCCUUUCUUCCUUGGACCAGUUUAUGCAGCCUCAAAGUAUGGAGUAGUAGGAUUCACUACAUCACUGUCUCUGACCUGCCUUGAGAAGCAUGGGGUUCGAUUACAAGUGCUGUGUCCUGGUUUUGUCGACACUCCACUUCUGACAGGUCUGAAAUCAGUGAAGGCUCCGGAUCAGAAGGAGUGGUUUAAGAAGAUGGCUGCCAGAUUUGGAGUUCAGACGACCUCACAAACUGCAGAGGGAUUCUUGCAGCUCGUCAUGGAUCACACCAGGAAUGGGGCAUUGCUGAAGGCAUCGGAAAACGGCAAGCUUGAGUAUGAAGACCUACCUGCGUUAGUUCUUCUAGAAAAUCCAAAAUCUACUUAGGGACCUAAUGGAUUUAAGCAACAGGUCACUGAGAACAAUGGAAAAUUUAAACCUGGUCAAAUAUUAAAUGAUUAACAUUUUAA